AGUGACGGCGCGCGGUCCCGUCUAUAGGCUGCGACCGAGUCUGCCGCCUUAUAUGCGGCGCUGCGGAGGCCUUGUGUUUGACGGUUACUAACAGUUUGAUAGCCGCGGCUAGCUCCGAGCUAGCGCCCGCCCCAGCCGCUGCUUUUAUACGGACACAAUGGGCAGAGCGGUAAAAGGAAAAGCGACACAAAGAAGCGGCUAGCAGCAAAAGAGCAACACAUCACGGAUGCGGGCUGUGCUCUGCAGAGAGGAGGGCACGGGGUUGUAUUUUUUUAAUGCCCGCUAAUUGCGGCUAAAGCUAUAGAGUCACAUUGGGCAGUUUUAAGACAUUUAACGCCUCGAGAGACGAGUUAAAGAACGUCUCAAACGGAACUCCGAGCUGCUCGCGCUGAAAUGUUGAUCUUUUGAUCCCGAAACUUCAUUAGAAGGGAUUUUAUGAGUCCUGGUUGGUGAAGGAAGGACUUCUAGAAGUUUUCCUGUGGGCUGUGUGUUCUGGAAGAUGCUGUGUAGAUCAUGGUGGAUCAGAUUGGUGCAGUUGGGCUGAGGUUGUUAGUUUCAGAGCAGAAAUUAUUUUUACUUUGAAAACUUAAAAACAGACAAGAAUUUAGAAACUCCAAAAAAACAACCAGGAGUUGGACUUUAAUGCAUAACUUUCUUCAAGAGCACAUGUAGGUCUUCAGACCCUAUCUGGGGUUAAUAUUAACUUUGGCUGAAGUUAUGUGGGACUGAGCAGCAUUUUUAAAUAUAAAGAUGAUAAAAAAAAAACAGAAUAGACUUGUUUUAGCUGCAUUUUGUUAUGACAGUGCAACAAACAACACUGACUUUACAAAGAAUCAGGGCUGCUUGCUCUUUUUCUCUAACUAGAGAGAUUCCAGUUAAUAAAAACGCAAAGAUUCUCUAAUAAAGAAGGAUUAAAGUGCUUUGUUCUUUUUAAACUCACAAUUCCAGGGAAGACUUGAAUAUCUGGUGAAAUGGAAGGGAUGGGCAAUGAAGCACAGCACCUGGGAGCCAGAGGAGAAUAUCCUGGAUGACAGGCUCAUUCUGGGUUUUGAACAAAAGGAACGGGAGAGGGAAAUCCACGGGCCCAAAAAACGUGGGCCAAAACCCAAAAACUUUGUGCCAAAGGGUCGCAGUCAGAAAGCAGAGCCCACCAGUCGCACCUCCAGCAGGCGGCAGAACACGCCUCGGUCCACCUCAACCACUUCCAGUCGAGCAUCUUCCUCCUCCUCCUCUUCCUCUGCUGCUGCUAAUGCUUUGCCAUUCUCCUCCUCGUCCUCGUCGUCAGCGCCGGCGCCUUCUCCCAAACUCAACUCUCUCGCGGCCACCCACAAGUUGAAGAAAGACAUUCACCGUUGCCACCGGAUGUCCAGGCGGCCCCUGCCUCGCACAGACCCCACGGGGCCCGCCUUUUCCAGUUCGAGUGGCAUCCAGUCCCGCAUGCACGUCUCCCCUUUCUCCGAGACCGUCCGCAUCCUGAACCGCCGGGUCAAACCCCGAGAAGUCAAGAGAGGGCGGAUAAUCCUCAACCUGAAGGUGAUCGACAAGCCGGGCAGGGGCGGCGCAGCGGGAUCCAGGAACGUUCAGACGGGUCGCCAAAACAUCCCGUCUCGUAAUCGCAUCAUCGGCAGGAAGGGGGAGGCCCCCUACAGACCUUUCCAGCCUCCUUUAAAGAUGCUGGGCUUCCCCAUGUACGGGAAGCCUUUCGGGCUGCAGUGUGGUGGGCCCAUGUCCUUUCACUCCCAAACGGGGUCCAGCUCGACUACAGGAGCCAGGGACGGCAACAGCAGGAUUUCACAGCACCAGGCACCGCUUCCAUCCUCUUCUUCUUCCUCCACCUCCACCACCGUCACAGCUAAACACCCUCAGCCUGCUGCAGAAGCCUCCAAGGAGUCAAAAUCCAGUAAAUCUCCAGAAACCCCAAAUGCCUCAUGUUCAGAAGCAAACAAAACCCCAGUCCGCCCCUCUCCUUCUCCAUCUUUGGAAGAUCAAGACGAAGAUGCCGUGGACUGCUCCGAAGCCUCUGAGGGAGCCAGAAGUCCUUGCCAGCACAAAGCUUCCUCCACGGUUUCCUCCUUGGCUCCAGAACAAUCCUCGCCCCUCCUUGAACCCAAAAGGGUCCCCGCCGAGGGAGACCCCGACUGGCACCCGGAAAUGGCACCAAGCUGCAAGGACGUGGUGGUCACUGAUGUAACCACCAACCUCGUGACCGUCACCAUAAAAGAGUUUCCCUCUCCGGCGUCAGGGCCCGCCUCGCCUUCCACUAGCGUCGAAAACGGCUCCACGCCUCCUCCCGCCGCAACGUCCGAGGACUCUUCCGUCCCGAAGCCAUAAGAGAUCCAAUAAUACAAACUGUAAUGCCAUUUGGGAUAGAAAACUAUAUAUAUAAAGUAUAUCAUGCCAGUGUUGCCACUUCAGCCCUGUCCUACCCGCUCUGCAGAGGGUUUGCCAUUAUUUGUUAGAUACUCAAUGAAAUACAGGGUUUCCCCCAGAGAACUUGCUGAACCCGGUGGUCAGUGCUCAACGCAGUCCACCAGCGGACCACCAUGUUUUUUUGUUAAAUAAUGCUAAAAGUUGACUGGAAACAAAUAUGCUCUCUCAUCAGUCUCUCUGCUCAUUCAGGGCAGACCUCUUAAAGCAAGACUAAGCCUUUAUCGUUACGCUUUUAGAGAGUUGCGUGCCGAGCAAGCGGUGAGUCUUUUGCACUCGACGUAUUCUUUGGUGCGGUACUCACUGAAAAGACCGCCUUCACAGAGGGAUCGUAUACAAGCGAAGCUGCUCUGCGCGAAAACCUUCCGAACAGGCAAUUUUGAGGGCAAAAUUAGCGGACUAUAAAAAUACAGAGGUGCACAAGCAGAGUGUUGAUUGGGCCGCCAUCUCGGCCUUGCACUCAGUUCAAUGCUUUAAAGGGGCAGUUUUAUGUAAAAUCUACUUUUUUGGGCUUCACAUUAUGUUAUAAUGUUCUCUCAUCAAAAACAUACCUGGAUGUUGCCUUGAUUCUUUUAUGCAUGUAUGAGAAAUCCUUUAAUCAACCAUUCAGCUGUGCAAAAGGGCUGGGUGAACCCAGCACCGCCUUCGAGACGCAACUCCUUUGAGCUGCAGUCUCCGAGCUUCUGCCUCUCUCACUCAGCUGCUUCAUUUAUUUUAACAAGUAGUUAACAUAGUUACUUAAUUCUGCUAUAAUACGGCACUGUGCGCCUGGAAACGCAUAAUACUGUCCCUUUAACGAUAAACCCAUCUUUGCUAUCAAUGUUAUUGAUCUGCUAAUAAAAAAGACGUUUUUAAAAAAAAAAAGAAAAAACAAGGAGCGCUUACUGGUUGGUGGUGGGGGGCAAGAAAAGCCUGGUGGCCCGCCAGGCUUAUGAUACUCCGGGGGAAACCCUCAAAUAUUAUGUAACUAAAUAACACCCAGCCAUAAAAUAGUACAAGAAAACAUAUUUUUUCAACAAAAAAAAAAAGAAAAGAAAAAGAGGCAGCUUGUAUGCCUUCUUGCCAUUUAGAUUGCCAUAUUAUAUCCAACUGGCGCCACACACAUGCCAGAAAACGAUUUGUUUUCUUUCACUUGAUACACACAUGCUGGGUUUCUGUUUGUCGCAAAUGCCAGUUGUCCUAACAGCGCGUCCCUCACCCAUCUGCUGUGCGGGCUCUCAUCAAGCACACUUGCUGGAAGUGAAAGGACUUUGCCCAUCACCAACAUGGACUCUCCGUUCCCAUGUUGGUCGCCAUCGGCAACACGAGGGGACGUCUGGUCGAGCUUUUGACCCCGCCGGACGCGAUCGGACUGGGGUUCCGAUGUUUUAACGGAGAGAUGUGGUUUUUUUGCACUUAGACUCUGAAGACUGCGUCAGCACAGCGAGGUGAAUGCGAUGCACUUGACCCGUUCAGUGAAGUCGAUCUGCUUCUCGAGGCCUUUUUAUUUCCCCCUCUCUUCAGUCUUACACACACGCGUACAAACGCAGAGUAGGAACGUAUUUAAAUGCAAAAGUUAACUUUUGAAUUCGCUAAAAUUCGUACUUCUUGCUUCAGUUUCUCCCACGCCUUCACAGCUCCCUUCUUCAGCUGCUUCAUUCGCUCUCAGCCUCUCAACCCAUGAAGGUCUUGAAGGUCCAGAAGCGACCAGCUAAACGAACCAACCACUGUAUCUGAUUCUGUGACUUUUAUGAGCCCAUGUUUCACAUCUGUGCAACAUUAGAGGCGGCUGUUUGGUUUUUCCACAUUUUCUCCCUUUUAGACCACAAACUUGAGAUGUUUGGAAUACACUAAAAACAAAGUAUGGCUUCAAUGUGAUGUGGGGGGUAAAAGAAGCAGGGUUUAGUAUUCACCCUCUGCUGAGUCAGCAUCUACUUCUGUCAAGCUCAGCCAGAUCCUGCAAAUUGUCUUUUAGGUUUUGUCUUGGAUUUUCUGCUAGGUGCCGUUUAAACUUGUGCAUUUUCAUUCACCCAUCCAGUUGUAGUUUUGGCUGAACAUUUGGGCUUGUCCUCAUUUUCUAGCCUGCAGCUCGUUUUCUUUCAGAACCGUCCUGUAUUUGGCUUUAUCCGUCUUCCCCACGCUUCAUGACAGCAGCUGCGUUUUCAUUACAAAUAAUACAUACAUAUGAUCAUAAUGAAUAAAUAAGACAUCAUACAUAAUUUCACUGAACUGAUCCAGAAUGGCACAGCAUUCUGGGUGAUGUAGGCAGAGCAAAGACUUAAGCUGCUCAACAUUUCACAGUCAGCUUAGUCAUUUUGGUGGCAUCAACUAACCCACUCACUCUUUGGUUUCCUACCAACAACCUUUUGACUAACUUUUCUCUGAGGAUGGAUCGAUAAUGAAAAUUUGAGCCGAUAUCGACGUCCAAUAUUAGCAUUGCUGUUAUGGCCGAUAAUAUAUAAUGGAAAAACUUACAUGACGAAGCUCCUGUCUCUUAAGAAACAAGAGGAAAUAAUUAAAGGUUGUUAAUAUUGGCACGAUACCAACAUAAUGAAAAAGGAUCAAUAUUGGCCGAUACCGAUGCUCUCGCUGAUAUAUCAUCCAUCUCUAUAAUUAUCGGCCAUCAAUAAUUGUCUGAAUGAAGGAGAAAGUGUAGCCAGAUAUUUAACUUUAAAUAUUUAUUUAGCUCACGAAGCGGAAAGCGUCAAAACAUUCAUUUCACUCAAACUCUUUCAUUUGACUUGUUUGUGUUGCCACUUCUGUCCCAAAUGAUCCAAAAUAUGUUUUUAUUUUGACGGAACAGUUUUCCGCCCUCAUGAUUCAAAAUAUUUCUCGAUCUCUUCUUCUCGUCCUUUAAAGCAAAGGAACCUCUGACGGUGAUCGAAUUUUUGGGCUCUCGGAUUCUUCUUCUCUGGUGUUUCCUGCUCUUCCCAGGCCUUCCCAGUCCUCCACUCGGUUCUGCGUUUUCUACCUUUUUUCCGCAUGCGUUGCCUUACAGCUGUGCUCCCGCUCUUCUUGCUUGGCUCUUUGGACAGCUGUUAGAUAGUCGCGACUUCAGCUUGGUGACUGUAAGGAUCUCAUUACUGUAAGAAGUUCACACUGUUUCUGAUUAUUUUUUGUUUUGUUUUUUUUGAAGGCACAGACGUAGAGGACGUAUCUGUAUGUUUGUUUUGUACCAGGUGGCUCUUGUCGUCAAUGCUACGUCAACACACCGCUGUUGGACUUAUUCCGUUAUACGAGAAGAAAUAAGUUAACUACCUUAACCACGAAUGAAGACGUCUGUCUCCUUUAAUCUUUUAUUUAACUCCAAACGUGCUGUGAACUAAUAAAAACAAAACAGCUUUUCUCUCCGCAUGGAGAGAUGAUUUCCAAAAUAUCUCUCAUGUUCUGUAUCUUUCUUCUCUUUUUCGGUGGUGGUGACACUAGCGGUUGGUAGAUGUUUAAGAUAUUAGUCUUGAAAGCGUUGCUUUUCUUCUCAUACGGGGUAGCACAACUCAACUUAGUGGCCUGUUAUGUAACCAAAUAGGGCUCUAUAUUCUCCUUAAUUUUUUGGUUUGUUUUUUUCGCCCUUUCAAAUUUUUUUGUACAUUCAUGUUGUAAUUUCCAAAUGCUGGAUCAGCAUGUAAAGGACAAACUGAAGGAUCCUCGUUUUAAUGUAUGAAUCGAAAAUACUCAAUUACGGAUUGUUGUUUUUUAAGCUUGUUUUUUUUUUCAUAUUUGUACUGUAUUUUAAUACGUGUCUGAAAUAUGCAUAAUUAUUUUAAUGUAAGGCUGUUUGAAUGAGCCAUUGUUAACGAUUGUUUUUUUUUUUCAUGUAUUGAGACUGCAGGCUGUUUUUGUGGUUUUAUGACGAUUUUGAAAUGAGUACAUUGCACCGAUGGUGACGAGAAGGAGGCGGAGGGCGAUGGUGACAUGAGAAAAUGUUUGUGAAGCAUGUUUUUGCAACCUCUUGCUGUACAGAUAAUGUAUUCGGUGAAACUGUUACGUGUUGUUUUUGUGUUUCUUGUAAAAAGCCUUUGAUUAAAAGCGCUCUAAAAAUG